AUGGAUCCAAAUAUUGCUACUUUUCUAGUAGAAUAUUAUGAAACACUACAUAAUAACUCAAGAGAAGUCAAUAAUGUCUACGUUGAUGGUGCUCGUCUCAUUAUUUUCCAAGGAAUUGACCAGCCAAAAGCUUUUGUAUCCGACUACGCAAAAUACAUCCCAAUUGGUAAGAGAAAAAUACUUAAAUACUCAGGAAGUACAAUUGGUUCACGUCUUUUCGUUCAUGUUCAAAGCGAAAUUGAGCAGCCAUAUAAUAAACUCAUUGUUGACGAAUCAUUCUCAUGCGUACUAUCUGAUGUUUCUAUCAUGAUUUCAUACCAUUCCAUACAUAUAAAUCCAUUACUUGAGCCAAUUGCAGUUCUUCCACCGCCAAAACCAAAGAUUAUUACUGUUGUAAAGCCAAAACCUGUUGAGGUCAAGCCAGCAGUUGAAGUAGAAUUGCCUCAAGCUCUCAAUACAAAGAAUAGUGUAAUCGUUCAAAAUCUUCCAUUCAACAAGCCACCAGCCGAAUUUAUACCAAUACUAGAAAAGUUUGGACAUGUUUCCAAAUUCUGCCAAGCAAAAGGAAAGUUAAUGGCAGAAUUUUCUAAUAUCGACGACAUGUUCAAGGCAAGAGAUGCAGUAUAUAAGGAUUGGAACGGUAGAACACCAAAAGUGUUCCGUUGUCCACGUGAAUAUAAGUGGCCGUAA